GCUGUGACAGGGUUCUUCAACCCUUCAACUCGCCGUUUCUUUUUCGCACAGUUCUCACUUCCUUGCGAGCUUGCGAGAAGAAAAGCAAGCGACAACGAAACAACAAAGAGAAAUCGAAGAGAAGAAAGAUGAAGACGAGUUCGUUUGGCAGCUUGUUGGUGGUGUUGCUAUUAGGCAGCGUGGAUGUAGGAUGUGGGUUUAGCUACAGUCCUGGUGUUGGUAACACUAACACAGGUGGAGGCAAAGUGGGUAGCAAUGCUCCUCCGGCAGGGGUAUCUGGUAGUUCUGGUACUGUUUCUACGCGUGUUUCUACGGGUGAGCCCAAGGUUCCGUUCAGUCAGAAGCAAAGUGUUUCCAAGGACGGCAAGAAUGCGUUUAUGGUUCCUGAGUAUUACGAGACUUUUCCCCUGGGCUACCGGCCGGCCAACACGCGCCGUUCUCCCAAUGUGGAGUUCACGGGAUCUGGCUCCACCUUCAAUAGCCGUGAUAGACCCUUUUCUAGCUAUACUUCAAGUAGUGCUAGUAAUAGCUAUGCUCAAUCCCCCUUUGACUCGGGAAACAGAGGAUAUGGCUUUGGAGAAAACAGCUUCAGCUCACCCGAUGUUACCUAUGGAUACCAAGGAUACCCUUAUCCCUACCGAGGCCAACCUAGCCGGGAAUAUCUAGGUGGAACUGCAGGUGCUGCCUAUGGCUACUAUGGAUACCCAAACUACAACUACAACUAUGGCAAUAACUACAAUUCCAACUAUGGCUACAAUCCAUGGUACAGCCACCAGAAUCAGUAUGCUCCCUAUGACAGUGCUAGAUAUGCCAGGCACCGUCCUCACUACUACCAAAACAUCAACUCCUACAAUGGAGCCAAUGCCAAGUACUACGUCAACAGAAACAAUGGACAGGUGCACAGCAACCCGACUUAUUCCAGCAACAGCUACUACUACAAUCGGAACAACAACAGCAACAACUACCUAUACCGACAGAAUCUCAAUGGACAAACUGCCUACACCUUGGAUCGAAGCAGGAACAACGGAUUGAUGUACUACUAGACACACAAAACAUGAAAGGCGGCAACAAGCGUUGGAGAUACAUGUACAUGAGGAGGAGAGAGCAAGGACCAGGCAUGCAACUGUGUCUAGAAGUUUUAACGAGACAAGGGGGUGGUGAGAACGAAAAGGAUCAGCGAUUGUAUGAAAGUCUACUGGGCAUGCUGGUGGCUUGGCUGGCAACCCGUUCUGAUGAUGGGAACGAGAAAGAAUGAAAGCAACAAGCGAGAAAGAACCAAAGGAAUGUAGUCUACGUAGAAUUAGCCUUCGACAUCACACAACUGAUAGUGCUUGUUUGUUUCGU